AUGGAGAAGUGCGACGAAAGUAGCAGAAGAAGUCAAAAAAAUAUUUUACCGGAAACUUUUCUUUUUAUGCAACUCUGUGGCCUUUGGCAGCCAUUUAAUUAUAAUUAUCUAAAAAUCAUUUAUAUUCUCUACUCGAUUUUUGUUCUGUUCACAAUGAUUUCAGUAGGAUUAGCACUUAUAUUGUUUGUCUUUAUAUCGUCCGAAAGAAUUAAAGAAGCUCUUAUAGAACAUUCUUUUCUGCUAUUUACAUUGCUUAACGCUUGGGUUAAAACAACUAUAUUUUUAAGUAGACAAAAGGAUAUUAAAAGUUUAUUGAACACUUUGUUGGAGGAUCAGUGUCAACCGAAAGAUAAGAUAGAACACGAAAUUCAGAAGAAAUUUGACACAAAAGUCAAGUUGGUUUUUUUCUAA